AUGUCUGUAAAAGAAUAUAUUGCCAAGGAGAAAGAACAUAUCGAUUCUUUACUGAGGAGUGCUUUGUCAAGGAGAAUAUCUGAUGACCCGUCUUUAAAAACCAAUGAGUUGUUUAAAGCUGGUGCUCGUGAGGCAGUUGAGAAAGCGAAAUUUGAACUGCACGUGUCGUUUAACCGGUUGAAAGUGUUGGCACAUGAAGCGAUCAAAAAGCGAGACGUGGUUGUUAGAUCGAACGAGAAGUUAUCAGUUGAAUUAAUGGAAAUUGGGAAGGAGAAGGAGGAGUUGAUGAAACAGAAAGAGGAGGUUGUUAAGGAGUUGGAGGAAUCUGUUAAGGCUAAGGAAGGUGUUAAAUCAGAGAUCGGGACCGCUGCGCAGAUGUUAGUGACCGGAAUUGAUAAAAUAUCUGGUAAGGUUAAUCAAUUUAAGAAUUUAACUGCUGGUGGAUUGCGUAGGUCUCAAAGGUAUACCAGAUUGCUUGUUGUGGCUUACGGAGUGAUUAAGGGUAGGAAUGAGGCUCGGGAGCAUGCUGGAGCCAUCAUCUUUUCUCUUAAGAAUAAGCUGGAUAUAACUUUGGGGUGGCACUUGGUUCUGCAACUCAAAUUGUUGUUUUUUGUGGUCCCAUUGAGUGUAAUCGUUGCGUGGAUAAUAAAUGAUUUUUUUUUGUUUGAAAUUACUCAUCAAUUUAGUUCUAUAAAGGUUUGUUGUUUAAUCGAUAUCGCUGAACAAAACGGCAUCGUUUCGUGUGAAUCGUUGUUAGAAAAAGCGUUUCGUGCAAAUCGUUAUUAG